CUUUUUUUCUCUUUAUAUCCUUUUAUGCUUCAUAAAAAUCAACAAAGCAAUAGUAAGCAACUCACUAUCGUCAUCAAAGUAGGUACUUCGUCUAUCUGUAACGAAGUGACACACUUUCCACUCCUGUCAAACCUAUCUGCCAUAGUUGAAACCGUUCUCAGCCUACGUUCUCUAGGCCACCGCGUCGUGCUCGUGACGAGUGCUGCGGUUGGCACAGGUUUACGAAGAUUAAACAUGCCAGAGAAACCUUCAAGUUUGGCUGCAAGACAGGCUGUGGCUGCUGUAGGUCAAGGACGACUCAUGGCGUUAUAUGAUGAUCUAUUUGGCCAAUUUGGACAACCUGUUGCACAAAUCUUAUUGACCAAGAACGAUCUCGCUGACAGAUCACAAUACUUGAACGCUGUCAAUUGUAUAGAAGAAUUGCUAGGCAUGUCAGUAGUACCUAUCGUCAAUGAAAAUGACUCUAUAUCUACACAGGGUAUUCGAUUCGGUGAUAACGAUACACUGUCUGCCGUGAUGGCUGGCAUGGUCAAGGCGGAUUAUCUAUUUUUAUUAACCGAUGUUGAUUGUUUGUACACCGACAAUCCUCGUACAAAUCCUGAUGCCAAACCAGUGCUGUUAUGUGAUGAUAUGGUGAAUUUAAAAGAUCAAGUUUCGGUAGCCUCCAUGGGAUCUAAUCUUGGUACAGGAGGCAUGGCUACCAAGCUGGUUGCAGCUGAACUUGCUACAGCAGCUGGAGUGACGACGAUUAUUACGAAUGGUUCCAAGUCUCAUAAUGUUUUGAAGAUCAUUGAUGCGGAUAAGAAUGACAAUAAAACUGAAACCCCUCUUCAUACCCGAUUCAUUGCCAAGAAUAAUCCACUCCUGGAUAGAAAAUGGUGGAUUCAAUAUGGCUUACAUACAGCAGGCACUAUCUAUGUAGACGAAGGGGCAGCAAAUGCCAUGUUACAGCCUAAAUUAAAGUCAAGUUUAUUUGCAGCGGGCAUUGUCAAAGUAGAAGGACAGUUUGUUGCACAACAAGCAGUCAAUAUCGUCUGUCGAAAAGAGAAACAAGGUGAACAGGAAGACUUUUUUAUUGGAAAAGGGCUUGUCAAUUAUUCAAGUACAGAAAUUACAAGGAUCAAACGAUGUCAUAGCAGCGAAAUAGUCAAUAUUCUUGGCUAUGUUGAUUCAGAGUGCGUCAUUCACCGGGACAAUUUGGUGAGAAGCACAGACAAGAUACCCGUGUAACUAUUGCUGCAUAAAAUGUUCUUAAAAGUUCAUCAUCUUUUUUACUUCAUAAAGCCUUUUAUGUAGUGACUCUCUUUCAUUUUCACUUUGGGCGUAUUUCAUUUUAAAAUCUAUAAGAGUUAUUUCUGCCUUUUGUAAUUCAUCUUCCAAUGUUGAAUUCUUGCUUAUUAAAGUCGCAUUUUCUGUGCAAAGGGUUUCAAACUCAUCUUUACUUUUAGUUUCAAUUUUCUCUGGUAAUGUUGAUAUCGCUUG